GCCCGGUACGCCUGGCUGCGGCUGCUCUAUCGACCUUGGCAAGACCCAGGCGCUGCGGGACGCGACCGGCCUCCCGGGGGAUGGGCCACCAGGAGCCCCCGCUGGCCCGAGUGCGGGCGGGAGGUGCGGCUUAUAUAAACAGGUUAUGUAAAGGGCUCAGCUGGCGCGAACACGUGGAGAGCCGCGGGAGCCCGGACACCCGGUUCUCCCCCACGGGCGCCGCCGCCACCACCACCCGUGCAGCAGCAGACUCUGGAGCACACACGGCCCGGGCCGCCGCCUCUCGCGCCGCUCCGUACCGGAGGCAGCCCUGGCCCGGAGCGGACCAUCCCCAGCCCGGGGCGCCAGGGGGGAAACGGGCCGCCCGGAAGUGGCGGGGCGCUAGCCAGGUCACAAUCCAAGGUCCCGCUCCUCCGCGUCCCGGGGCCGGACGGAGGGAUGAGGCAGGGGGGACUCGGGCAGCGCCGUUGCUGCUCCCCCCGCCGCCCGCAGCCAUGGAAACGGGGGAGGAGGACGGCGCCCGCAGAGGUACACAAAGCACCGAGCGGAAAAGGCGAAGCCCAGUGCCGCGGGCGCCCAGCGCGAAGCUGAGGCCGGCGGCGGCCCAGGCCAUGGAUCCGGUGGCGGCCGAGGCCCCGGGCGAGGCCUACCUGGCGCGGCGGAGGCCAGAGGGCGGCGGCGGGUCGGCACGGCCGCGGUACAGCCUGUUGGCGGAGAUCGGGCGCGGCAGCUACGGCGUGGUUUACGAGGCAGUAGCCGGGCGCAGCGGGGCCCGGGUGGCGGUCAAGAAGAUCCGCUGCGACGCCCCCGAGAACGUGGAGCUGGCGCUGGCCGAAUUCUGGGCCCUGACCAGCCUCAAGCGGCGCCACCAAAACGUCGUGCAGUUUGAGGAGUGCGUCCUGCAGCGCAACGGGCUAGCCCAGCGCAUGAGCCACGGCAACAAGAGCUCUCAGCUUUACCUGCGCCUGGUGGAGACCUCGCUCAAAGGAGAAAGGAUCCUGGGUUAUGCUGAGGAGCCCUGCUAUCUCUGGUUUGUCAUGGAGUUCUGUGAAGGUGGAGACCUGAAUCAGUACGUCCUGUCCCGGAGGCCGGACCCAGCCACCAACAAAAGCUUCAUGCUACAGCUCACGAGCGCCAUUGCCUUCCUGCACAAAAACCACAUCGUGCACAGGGACCUAAAGCCAGACAACAUCCUCAUCACCGAGCGGUCUGGCACCCCCAUCCUCAAGGUGGCAGACUUUGGACUAAGCAAGGUCUGUGCUGGGUUAGCCCCCCGAGGAAAAGAGGGCCAUCAAGACAACAAAAAUGUGAAUGUGAAUAAGUACUGGCUGUCCUCAGCCUGCGGCUCAGACUUCUACAUGGCCCCCGAGGUCUGGGAGGGACACUACACAGCCAAGGCCGACAUCUUUGCCCUGGGCAUUAUCAUCUGGGCAAUGAUAGAAAGAAUCACUUUUAUUGACUCUGAGACCAAGAAGGAGCUCCUGGGGACCUAUAUCAAACAGGGGACCGAAAUCGUCCCUGUUGGUGAGGCGCUGCUAGAAAACCCAAAGAUGGAGUUGCACAUCCCCCAGAAACGCAGGACUUCCAUGUCUGAGGGGAUCAAGCAGCUCUUGAAAGACAUGUUAGCUGCUAACCCACAGGACCGGCCUGAUGCCUUUGAACUUGAAACCAGAAUGGACCAGGUCACAUGUGCUGCUUAAAAUUCAGGGCAAAGCAUCUUGAGUGUUUUUAAACUAGGUUGAUCCUCGGGACCCGCAGUCUCAUCGUGUCUCCCACUGAGGACGGCAGAGGGUACAGGUGGCGGCUUGGUCUGUUGGUGAUCUCCCGACAGCUGGAUCUCCAGCAAUGUGAAGCUUUUGUUUGGGUUUUCCCCCCUCCUUUUAGUUUCGCUUAAUUUUUAAAAUCUUAUUUUAUUUUUUGUCUUUUUUUUUUCCUUUUUUAAUUUAAACGAUUAAGACUUCCGAAGAGCAGGAAGCUAUGCUGUGGAGAAACAACAUGGACAAAAAGCAUAUGUAUAAAUGUCAUUUUUAAUUUUUGUAAGGGGUUGGGGAGCUCUUCUGUUUUGUUCCUUUAUUUUCCCUCUGUUGUCUUUGUUUUCCCCAUCCCUCAGUUCUGCUUGGAACACCUCACUUCCCCAGAGAAGGCCUGCCUCUCCGUGAAGGGCCAGGGUGGGUCCCGGUCCCCAGGGUGGCAUGAAGACAGAAGGCAGCCUGCGGGCCACCCACCCCCGCAGACGCAGGCAUGCCGGACUCUGGCGGGCUGCUCCCGGCCCACCCUCGGGCCUUAGAAAUGGUCCGAGGCGAAGAACCACCUGGAAGAGGAAGACAGGGUUUGGCCAGGAGAACUCAAGAAAGAAAGUCUAAACUGCGGGUUUGUUCUCUUUCAGCUGCUGGAAGCCCUGGGCCUCUCCAGGACUCAAAGUGGUGGGAGUCCGUUCCCUGUUCUGCCCAUUAUAACAGGGAGCGCUGGGGGGGACAGAGGUGACUAUCCCCCACUUUCCGGCGGCCGAGCGCCAGCCCAGCUCUACAAGCCUACCUUUCUGUUAGUGGUCUCCCUCCCAGAGGAAGACCCCCCAGGAAAAAAAAAAAAAAACUGUUGUGCCAAGCCCCUGCCUGGGACACAGCUGGGUCUUCGGUGGGCAUCUGUCACUCCUGUGAGGUCAGCGCCCGUCACCUCCUGCCUCCUGGAUCGUCUCCUUCCCACAUGUGCCCGCCACACAUCCCGGUCGUCACAGAGACUGCCUAAGUCCCUGAGAUCCGGUUGUGACCUGGCCAUAAGAACAGGGUGUCCUGAACUGGCUGCCACUGUCCUCUGAUCACAGUGAAGGGUGUGCCCUGCAUACGGGCCCAUGGUGUCACAGCCAACGACAACGUCAAGCGCCAUCUCCCUCACCCCCAGGAACUUCCUGUUAGGUGCCCUCCCUCCGCAUACACAUGUCUGCUGGGGCAAGAAUGGACCCACCAAGAGCAGGGAGAGGAACGGGGUAGGACCCCCCAUCCCCCCCUGCAGCUGUCGGGUGCCCAUUUGUGGCCUGCCACCUUAAAGCUUCCCCGACGUGACCCUGUCGACCUCAGCACCAGCAUCUGUGCGGCCGCGGUCUGUGUGGCCAUCCCAUGCUCUGCCAGCACGUGCACAGCUCCCUCCCCUCAGGCUUCUGAACCUGAGUGUUUGCUCCCCAUCUCAAGGGCAAGUGGCUGGCCCCGUGUUGUCCCUCUCACCCGCAGGCUACUGGGGAUGCUCCAAAGCCUACCCCCCUCCUUACGGCCAAGCAGGCCGGGACUGGGGGAAAGGGGAAAGGAAUUCUUUUAUGUUUGUUUUUCAUUUUCUCUAAACCAGCAUAGGAUUGAUAGGGGAGACAGUUGGAGGGCAUUCAGCUGGUGUGUGACCAAGGGGGGCUCUCCCCACAGAGCAGCAGUCCUUUGGUCCUGGGAGUUUGGGAGAGAGCAACAUGACACCAACCCAAACUUGGGAACUCACCACACGUUUGCUGGCAUUCUCUCGCCUUUUCUCAGCCCCUCAAACACCAGGGCUCCUGCUUCCUCCUGGGCGGAUGGUUGGCCACGGCGAGCAGGGGUGCCUGUGGGAGCCAGGCCCUUCCCUUCCUUGCGAAAUCCUUCGUGCCCGCCUGGCGCCCCCCGCCCCCUUGGUCUCCUCUCUGGCUUCUUAGGUCACAGGACUGUGCCCUGAGCCGCCCCCAGGAGGGUGGGGAGCACAGUGUCCCUGACCACACUCCCCUUCUCUGCCCACCCCCCCACCUCCCCUCUGGGGCAGCAGAUGGGAAAAACAGCCCCCCAGUUCUCACCUCCGCACUCCCUGGCUGCAGCCCCCAUCCUCAAGUUCUUGGUGAAGGCUCAGGCCUAACAAGGUAUUCCUCGUGCUUCAACUUUGCCUCUGCCCUCCCCAGGUCUUGGAGCUGCAGCGGUCCCCCUUUGUUAUUUCUCUCGGCAUCAGUGUAGCCCCGUAUAGGUCACAGGAUGUCUCUGCCUUUUGGGCAAGGCAGGCAGCCUGGGAGGGGUAGCCCUUAUCUUGCAAGACUCAGCCUCCCCUUGCUUGGUGGCAGGGCCUCCUUCCCUGGCUCAGGAUGGCCAGCUCGUUAGCCCCAAGUGCCUGUCUCUCCCUCUUGCCCCCCCCUGCCCCCCACAGCCAGUGGACUAGCCUUGGUUGGACCCAGGUAGCUCCCAUCCACUUCUCAGCCACCUUCCCCCCCGACCCCGCGCCGCCCCGUUCCCGCUGUGGGUCAGCCUCCUGCCUCUUCCUGCCUCUCGCUCUCUCCACCUGCUCCUGGGGCCUGGCCACAGCUCUGUACCACCUCAUCUCAGCGCCACCACGUUCGUAAGGCCUGUCCAAGUUCUAGGAGUUUCCAAACCUUGAAAUAGCAGUCAUUCUCUUCUCCUUGGAUCUGUGAAACGGUUAGCCCUGAGCGGGGAGGUUCUGGGCCUGAGACCCGUGGGUCUUGAGCUCAGUUUCCCCCCAGCAAGAGGACUCAGCAAGACAGAUCAUAGUGCCUUAUCCACUACCCUCCCUUGACCAGACCUGCUGGCUCAGCUGGAAGUCCGUUUCAUCCUUCUCCCUGUCUCUGUCACUUAACCUUUCACUCCCACCCACAGAGAGCCACGAGGGAAGCAUCUCCCCUGCCCCCCCGCCCAUCCUUCCUCAAGGCCCGCGGCCAGGCCCAGGGCUCCCGCCACCACCAGGACACUAAGAGCAGCUUUAGCCAAGGACAGAACAACCACGUUUGCACCAGGUGGAUGCUCUCUGCCUCCCACUACCCAGCAGGCCCCUUGCCUCUUACCUCUCUAGCCAGGAGGAUGCCACAGUCCAUUCAAGACUGGCUCCGUCUGACCCCUCUCUGGGCACCAGGGACGAAGGGCGUACUAGGCCUUAGCCCCCUCUCAUCCCAGAGGCAUUGGGACAGGAGAGUGGGAAUUCUUUCCUCCCUCCCAGAUGUGGUUUGCCCCCGAUGGCUGCCUUUCUGAGGGAGUGUAUCCAAUGUUUACUUAAGAAAUACCCUGUUUACAGCUGGAGGAGAAAACGUGCCCAACACUGGCGGAGAUCUGACUCCUGAGGGGGCCUGGCCUCCUUUCUGGCACUGCCAGUGGUGGUCCCAGAGCGAAUGACGGCAGAGCCGGCAGGGGCACACGCCCUGCACCCCCUCUGCUCCCCCACCCCGCGGUGCUAAGACCACUCACCAUCUUCCUCGUAGCCUUCUUGCCCCUGGACAUUCCCCGCCUCUACCAUUCCCUUCCUCCAAGGUUCUCUGCUCCUUGACAUAUCAGCUGUCUCCUAGAAAACCAGUGUUUGGAGCAAUAAGAUUAUUUUUGCUUGAGUCUUUUUUUUUCUAAGAAAAGGUAAAGAGCUGGCAUCAUAGGAAUGUCCUUUCUAUGCUGUUGCACCCUACCUUUUGAGAAGACAGAUCGUAAUAGGAUGGAUGUCUGGGUUGCAGCCUCAGUAUCUUCUGGAAACUUGGAACAGCAGGAGUUGGGCCUGCACCCCCUAAGAAGGGGACCCCUGACUCUCUGCCCUUAACCUUCUCCCUGCUGCCUGGGCUCCUGGCCCUGCCCACCAAGGGCACCUGUCACCUCUGAUCCUCCUUGUGCCCCCCCCCAACCCCGUAAACACACAUCUGGGGGCACCAGUGGCUCCUGGGUUAUUGCUCCCCUCUGACUCCCUUCCCCUCCCUUGGCCUGCGUGGGGGCCCGCAGACAGGCACAGGGGUACUGGAGUCACCUAGAAACUGGCAGCUGGACAACAGCCAAGCCUGGGGCUGAGGCCGGGAGAUCGUCCCCCACCGGGCCGAGGCACGGCCUCCAGGAUGCCAGGCCCGUCUCUGAUCCUGCCUGCCAGCCUCAGAGGGCAGGGACUCCUGUCCAGAGAGAUGCCCACAGAGGGGAAGCAAGGAAGGUGGGACAGGAGAGUUGGCGAAUGUAAGCUUCCACAGCCACCAUCGAGAGGUGAAUCCACUCCCAUUGGUUGCCCGGAGGCCCCCACAUCUUUUCCCAUGAGGGGCCACAGGAGGAAGGCAGUUUGUUCAGGAACACUUUAAAGAACUCUUCUGUGCUGCAGGGGGGCCUGGGAGCAGGGGAGAAUGAAGGCCCCAAUCUAACGUUCGUGUGGGGCCGACUUGGGGGUGAGGGAGGCACCGAGAAACCCAGGCACAAAGUUAGCUUCAAAUACUAGUUAAUAAAUCUAUUUUUCUUUAUUUUCUUUUUUUGCACAGAAGCUGGUAAUCUAGGACCUACGUGUGAACAACUUUAUAUGAAUAUUUUUUGUACUUGGUUUACUUGGGUUGGUAUGAUACAUUCUAUUUAAGUUCCUUGAACACUGUGGAUCCCCUAAUGUGUAUGAAUGACUGAGGCUUUGUAAAUUAAGGGACGUUUGUGUGAAUAAAGUUAUUUGAUGGGGUCAAA